GCAUUGCUUUGAACUUUGAACUUUUGAAAAGAGAGAAGAAAAGGAGAAAAGGUCACGGGGUCAGGGACCAGAUCUUCAUGGAGAACGUGGGGGCUGUGAAGCAGCUCUGCAAACUAACCAACAACCUGGAAGAAAGAAUAGAGGAGUUGGAAACGUGGAACCGGAAGCUGGCCAGGCUGAAAUGCCUCAGCCGCAGCUGGAAGUCCUCAGUCAGCGAAGCCAGCACCAUCAGCAAAUUUAGCAGAGCUGUGAGUUCAUCUUCACCGAGAAGGGCCAUUUCCAAAAAGCCCACCAAGGUCUCUUUGUCAGGAAGGAAACCAUUGUGUCCUAACUGGGUUUUCCAGACAUUGGUUAUAGCGCUGAUUGCUGUGAUGACAUUUUGUGCCUUGACAAUAGUCGCCCUGUACAUACUUAGCCUGAAGGAUCAAGACCGGCGCGCCCCGAAUCUCCCUCUGAGCAACGUGACAAGCGGUCCGGAGCCAGCUCUGCCAUCCACAGCUCCCACUCCAGGUCCUCACACAACCCUGGCCACAGAGACCUUCCCUCAAGUGCCUGAGAUCACUUUCUGUGAGGUCCUGCCUUGUCAGGAAAGUUACUGCUGCCCUCUGUGGGGACCGAGAAUAUUAUUUUCAAGUCCUACACAAAGACAGUUGGAGGCAGAGAGAGAAAUCCGUCACAGACCAUGGGCAGAAGACAGGAGCAAAUCAUUCCUGACAAGAAAUGCGCUUAUCAGUCGUGACUGGGAGAGUGACUGGAUUGAUACAACCAUCACUUCUAUUCAGAUUAUGGAAAUCCAGCAAGCGAUAGACCGUCGCUAUUGCAGCCGGAUGCUUCACUGCGGGCCUGGAAAUUAUAAUUAUAAUAUCCCUGUUAAUAAGAACACACCUACCAACGUCAAAUUCUCUCUGGAAAUCAACACAACAGAGCCGCUGAUAAUCUUCCAGUGCAAAUACUCCCUUGGGAAUAUAUGUUUCCACAGUCAACGGGAACGAACCCAAAACCACAGAGAAGAUGCUCAGAUGACACAGGGAUAUCAGCACAUUUGGAGCCUCCCUGUGGCCCCGUUCUCUGACAGUGCAUAUCAUUUCCGAGUAGCCGCACCAGAUUUAGCAGACUGUUCGACGGAUCCUUUUUUUGCUGGGAUUUUCUUCACAGAUUAUUUCUUUUAUUUCUAUCGGCGUUGUAACUAAUUUAUUCAAGUUUGAGGACUUUAACAAAGAAAAGCACUCAGGAAUACAGUUAGCAGAAACUGGUGUUUCCUCUCCCAACCUCUUUUACCUUUCUGUAAAGCACUCAUAUUUUUGCUGAAGGACCCUUUCAAGUUUGGCUUCCAACAGUUUUGAGACUUCAUGAGGAGAAUAAAGUGUUUGCUGGAGCUUGAGAAAA